AUGCACGUUGAAUCAGUACACAAAGAUGUGAAGAAGGGCUCAGAUACAACUAUAUCCUGUGUUAUCACUGGAUUGACAGAAACAGAAACAGUGACCUGGCGAACUAGUACUGGACCAGUUCCAGCUGAAAAGUUCACCCAUGUUCAAGGAAGCCAAUCCGGAGGGACUCAGACAUCAACUCUUGCUGUUGACGGAACUCUUGUGAAUAAAGAUACUGCCUACACUUGCAGAGUCACUACCGGAUCUUUACCUGAUUCCAGCCACUCGGAUAGCACCGUCAAUCUUAACGUAUACGAUGUUGAAUCAGUACACAAAGAAGUGAAGAAGGGCUCAGAUACAACCAUAUCCUGUGUUAUCACUGGAUUGACAGAAACAGCAAUAGUGACCUGGCGAACUAGUACUGGACCAGUUCCAGCUGAAAAGUUCACCCAUGUUCAUGGAAGCCAAUCCGGAGGGACUCAGACAUCAACUCUUGCUGUUGACGGAACUCUUGUGAAUGAAAAUACUGCCUACACUUGCAGAGUCACUACCGGAUCUUUACCUGAUUCCAGCCACUCGGAUAGCACCGUCAAUCUUAACGUAUACGACGUUGAAUCAGUACACAAAGAUGUGAAGAAGGGCUCAGAUACAACUAUAUCCUGUGUUAUCACUGGAUUGACAGAAACAGCAACAGUGACCUGGCGAACUAGUACUGGACCAGUUCCAGCUGAAAAGUUCACCCAUGUUCAAGGAAGCCAAUCCGGAGGGACUCAGACAUCAACUCUUGCUGUUGACGGAACUCUUGUGAAUAAAGAUACUGCCUACACUUGCAGAGUCACUUCCGGAUCUUUACCUGAUUCCAGCCACUCGGAUACCACCGUCAAUCUUAACGUAUACGACGUUGAAUCAGUACACAAAGAUGUGAAGAAGGGCUCAGAUACAACUAUAUCCUGUGUUAUCACUGGAUUGACAGAAACAGCAACAGUGACCUGGCGAACUAGUACUGGACCAGUUCCAGCUGAAAAGUUCACCCAUGUUCAAGGAAGCCAAUCCGGAGGGACUCAGACAUCAACUCUUGCUGUUGACGGAACUCUUGUGAAUAAAGAUACUGCCUACACUUGCAGAGUCACUUCCGGAUCUUUACCUGAUUCCAGCCACUCGGAUACCACCGUCAAUCUUAACGUAUACGACGUUGAAUCAGUACACAAAGAUGUGAAGAAGGGCUCAGAUACAACUAUAUCCUGUGUUAUCACUGGAUUGACAGAAACAGCAACAGUGACCUGGCGAACUAGUACUGGACCAGUUCCAGCUGAAAAGUUCACCCAUGUUCAAGGAAGCCAAUCCGGAGGGACUCAGACAUCAACUCUUGCUGUUGACGGAACUCUUGUGAAUAAAGAUACUGCCUACACUUGCAGAGUCACUACCGGAUCUUUACCUGAUUCCAGCCACUCGGAUAGCACCGUCAAUCUUAACGUAUACGAUGUUGAAUCAGUACACAAAGAAGUGAAGAAGGGCUCAGAUACAACCAUAUCCUGUGUUAUCACUGGAUUGACAGAAACAGCAACAGUGACCUGGCGAACUAGUACUGGACCAGUUCCAGCUGAAAAGUUCACCCAUGUUCAUGGAAGCCAAUCCGGAGGGACUCAGACAUCAACUCUUGCUGUUGACGGAACUCUUGUGAAUGAAAAUACUGCCUACACUUGCAGAGUCACUACCGGAUCUUUACCUGAUUCCAGCCACUCGGAUAGCACCGUCAAUCUUAACGUAUACGACGUUGAAUCAGUACACAAAGAUGUGAAGAAGGGCUCAGAUACAACUAUAUCCUGUGUUAUCACUGGAUUGACAGAAACAGCAACAGUGACCUGGCGAACUAGUACUGGACCAGUUCCAGCUGAAAAGUUCACCCAUGUUCAAAGAAGCCAAUCCGGAGGGACUCAGACAUCAACUCUUGCUGUUGACGGAACUCUUGUGAAUAAAGAUACUGCCUACACUUGCAGAGUCACUUCCGGAUCUUUACCUGAUUCCAGCCACUCGGAUACCACCGUCAAUCUUAACGUAUACGACGUUGAAUCAGUACACAAAGAUGUGAAGAAGGGCUCAGAUACAACUAUAUCCUGUGUUAUCACUGGAUUGACAGAAACAGCAACAGUGACCUGGCGAACUAGUACUGGACCAGUUCCAGCUGAAAAGUUCACCCAUGUUCAAGGAAGCCAAUCCGGAGGGACUCAGACAUCAACUCUUGCUGUUGACGGAACUCUUGUGAAUAAAGAUACUGCCUACACUUGCAGAGUCACUACCGGAUCUUUACCUGAUUCCAGCCACUCGGAUAGCACCGUCAAUCUUAACGUAUACGAUGUUGAAUCAGUACACAAAGAAGUGAAGAAGGGCUCAGAUACAACCAUAUCCUGUGUUAUCACUGGAUUGACAGAAACAGCAACAGUGACCUGGCGAACUAGUACUGGACCAGUUCCAGCUGAAAAGUUCACCCAUGUUCAUGGAAGCCAAUCCGGAGGGACUCAGACAUCAACUCUUGCUGUUGACGGAACUCUUGUGAAUAAAGAUACUGCCUACACUUGCAGAGUCACUACCGGAUCUUUACCUGAUUCCAGCCACUCGGAUAGCACCGUCAAUCUUAACGUAUACGACGUUGAAUCAGUACACAAAGAUGUGAAGAAGGGCUCAGAUACAACUAUAUCCUGUGUUAUCACUGGAUUGACAGAAACAGCAACAGUGACCUGGCGAACUAGUACUGGACCAGUUCCAGCUGAAAAGUUCACCCAUGUUCAAGGAAGCCAAUCCGGAGGGACUCAGACAUCAACUCUUGCUGUUGACGGAACUCUUGUGAAUAAAGAUACUGCCUACACUUGCAGAGUCACUACCGGAUCUUUACCUGAUUCCAGCCACUCGGAUAGCACCGUCAAUCUUAACGUAUACGAUGUUGAAUCAGUACACAAAGAAGUGAAGAAGGGCUCAGAUACAACCAUAUCCUGUGUUAUCACUGGAUUGACAGAAACAGCAUCAGUGACCUGGCGAACUAGUACUGGACCAGUUCCAGCUGAAAAGUUCACCCAUGUUCAUGGAAGCCAAUCCGGAGGGACUCAGACAUCAACUCUUGCUGUUGACGGAACUCUUGUGAAUGGAAAUACUGCCUACACUUGCAGAGUCACUACCGGAUCUUUACCUGAUUCCAGCCACUCGGAUAGCACCGUCAAUCUUAACGUAUACGACGUUGAAUCAGUACACAAAGAUGUGAAGAAGGGCUCAGAUACAACUAUAUCCUGUGUUAUCACUGGAUUGACAGAAACAGCAACAGUGACCUGGCGAACUAGUACUGGACCAGUUCCAGCUGAAAAGUUCACCCAUGUUCAAGGAAGCCAAUCCGGAGGGACUCAGACAUCAACUCUUGCUGUUGACGGAACUCUUGUGAAUAAAGAUACUGCCUACACUUGCAGAGUCACUUCCGGAUCUUUACCUGAUUCCAGCCACUCGGAUACCACCGUCAAUCUUAACGUAUACGACGUUGAAUCAGUACACAAAGAUGUGAAGAAGGGCUCAGAUACAACUAUAUCCUGUGUUAUCACUGGAUUAACAGAAACAGCAACAGUGACCUGGCGAACUAGUACUGGACCAGUUCCAGCUGAAAAGUUCACCCAUGUUCAAGGAAGCCAAUCCGGAGGGACUCAGACAUCAACUCUUGCUGUUGACGGAACUCUUGUGAAUGAAGAUACUGCCUACACUUGCAGAGUCACUUCCGGAUCUUUACCUGAUUCCAGCCACUCGGAUACCACCGUCAAUCUUAACGUAUACGAUGUUGAAUCAGUACACAAAGAAGUGAAGAAGGGCUCAGAUACAACCAUAUCCUGUGUUAUCACUGGAUUGACAGAAACAGCAACAGUGCCCUGGCGAACUAGUACUGGACCAGUUCCAACUGAAAAGUUUACUUCUGUUCAAGGAAGCCAAUCCGGAGGGACUCAGACAUCAACUGUUGCUGUUGACGGAACUCUUGUGAAUGAAUAUACUGCCUACACUUGCAGAGUCACUUCCGGAUCUUUACCUGAUUCCAGCCACUCGGAUACCACUGUCAAUCUUAACGUUUACGAUGUUGAAUCAGUACACAAAGAAGUGAAGAAGGGCUCAGAUACAACCAUAUCCUGUGUUAUCACUGGAUUGACAGAAACAGCAACAGUGACCUGGCGAACUAGUACAGGACCAGUUCCAACUGAAAAGUUUACUUCUGUUCAAGGAAGCCAAUCCGGAGGGACUCAGACAUCAACUCUUGCUGUUGACGGAACUCUUUUGAAUGAAGAUACUUCCUACACUUGCAGAGUCACUACCGGAUCUUUACCUGAUUCCAGCCACUCGGAUAGCACCGUCAAUCUUAACGUAUACGACGUUGAAUCAGUACACAAAGAAGUGAAGAAGGGCUCAGAUACAACCAUAUCCUGUGUUAUCACUGGAUUGACAGAAACAGCAACAGUGACCUGGCGAACAAGUACAGGACCAGUUCCAACUAAAAAGUUUACUUCUGUUCAAGGAAGCCAAUCCGGAGGGACUCAGACAUCAACUCUUGCUGUUGACGGAAAUCUUGUGAAUGAAAAUACUGCCUACACUUGCAGAGUCACUUCCGGAUCUUUACCUGAUUCCAGCCACUCGGAUACCACUGUCAAUCUUAACGUUUACGAUGUUGAAUCAGUACACAAAGAAGUGAAGAAGGGCUCAGAUACAACCAUAUCCUGUGUUAUCACUGGAUUGACAGAAACAGCAACAGUGACCUGGCGAACUAGUACAGGACCAGUUCCAACUGAAAAGUUUACUUCUGUUCAAGGAAGCCAAUCCGGAGGGACUCAGACAUCAACUCUUGCUGUUGACGGAACUCUUUUGAAUGAAGAUACUUCCUACACUUGCAGAGUCACUACCGGAUCUUUACCUGAUUCCAGCCACUCGGAUAGCACCGUCAAUCUUAACGUAUACGACGUUGAAUCAGUACACAAAGAAGUGAAGAAGGGCUCAGAUACAACCAUAUCCUGUGUUAUCACUGGAUUGACAGAAACAGCAACAGUGACCUGGCGAACUAGUACAGGACCAGUUCCAACUAAAAAGUUUACUUCUGUUCAAGGAAGCCAAUCCGGAGGGACUCAGACAUCAACUCUUGCUGUUGAGGGAACUUUAGUGAAUGAAGAUACUGCUUACACUUGCAGAGUUACUUCCGGAUCUUUACCUGAUUCCGGCCAAUCAGAUACUACCGUCAAUCUGAACGUAUACGACGUUGAACCAGUUAACAAAGAAGUGAAGAAGGGCUCAGAUACAACCAUAUCCUGUGUUAUCACUGGAUUGACAGAAACAGCAACAGUGACCUGGCGAACUAGUACAGGACCAGUUCCAGCUGAAAAGUUCACCCAUGUUCAUGGAAGCCAAUCCGGAGGGACUCAGACAUCAACUCUUGCUGUUGAGGGAACUUUAGUGAAUGAAGAUCAUGCCUACACUUGCAGAGUCACUUCCGGAUCUUUACCUGAUUCCAGCCACUCGGAUACCACCGUCAAUCUUAAUGUUUAUGACGUUCAAUCUGUAAACAAAGAAGUGAAGAAGGGCUCAGACACAACCAUAUCCUGUGUUAUCACUGGAUUGACAGAAACAGCAACAGUGACCUGGCGAACUAGUACAGGACCAGUUCCAACUGAAAAGUUCACCGCUGCUGUUCAAGGAAACCACUCUGGGGGGACACAAACAUCAACUCUUGCUGUAAACGGAACUCUUGUGAAUGAAGAUACUGCCUACACUUGCAGAGUCACUUCUGGAUCCUUACCUGAUUCCAGCCACUCGGACACCACUGUCAAUCUUAACGUUUACGAUGUCACAACUACAGACAAACACGUACAUCACGGUAAAGACAACAUCAUCUCCUGUAAAAUUACUGGAAUUUCUGUUAAUGCUACGAUAGGUUACGAGAGAGUUCCAUCCCACUACAGGAUAGUGGUUUUGAUCUAUUCCUUAGUAGUAAAGACCACUGCCCCCUACGAAGAAGAAGAUCGAACAGUACUCGAUGUGUUGGCUGAAUUAAGAGUUCAGACAAAGUCGUGA